AUGUCGUCCACAGCUUCACGAAGAGUCGCUCAGGGGACCGCCGAUGAUGUACUCGUCCCUGCUCGAGUCGUCGUGGAUGUCGAGCUCGUUCCCGGUCGAGUCGUCGUGGAUGUCGAGCUCGUCCCGGCCCCAGUCGUUGUGGAUGUCGAGCUCGCCCCGGCUCCAGUUGUCGUGGAUGUCGAGCUCGUCCCGGCCCCAGUGGUUGUUGUGCUGGAAGCGGAAGUGGGGUUCGUAGGACACGUCGGGUCAUUGAGGAGGACACUGACAGGCCCUCCCAAAUUAUCGCACACACCGCUCAGCUCUCCCGCAGCAAGAGCGGCCGUCACUUGUUCAGGUGUGAGAGAAAGGCCAACAAGCUGGUUGUUGCCAAUCAAUACGGAAGCAAUGUUCGAAUUCAGCGAGAGGAGCGUUGGCACAAGAGAGAGGAGGUCGUUGACCGUGCACAGCAGACCACCAAGGAGGGGGCAAUUGUACGUGGCCACUGAGUUCGCCGUGAUCAAUGCAGAGUUCAAGCAGACGUUGAUGUUGAGGUUACAGAUAGGCGUUGCUGACGUUGUGGAUGAGCUCGUCGACGAAGAUGUUCUGGUGACAGUGGUCAGAGUUGUUGACCCUGGAGCAAUGGUGCUUGAUGAGCUUGAUGUCGUGCUCGCCGAUGAUGAGGUAGUUGCGGUGACAGUCGUCAGACUCGAUGACGGUGCAGCACUACUGCUUGACGGACUCGACGUCGUGCUCGCCGACGAUGAGGAUGUUCCGGUGACAGUGGUCAGGCUUGAGCUGGUCCCACUGGAAGUGCUCGUGAUAACUGACGAAGUACUGCUAGUUGGAGGAGCAUUCGGGCAUGUCGGGUCUCGGAUAGUGACACUGACGGGACCUCCAAGAGCGUCGCAGAUCCCAUUCAACUCUCCAGCAUUGAUCGCAGCUGAGACCGCUGCCGGAGCGAUACUCAGUCCGAGAACUUCAUUGUCGCCAAUUAAAACGGUGGCAACGUCAGGGUUGCAGAUAGGGCUCGCGGAUGUCGUGGUACUUGUCCCUCCGGAUGACGUGCGAGAGCUUGAUGUGGAACUGAAAGUGGUGCUGCUCGCGAGAGUAGAUGAUGGCGAACUAGAAGGCGAGCUGGAUGAGGAUGAUGAGGAUGAGGACGAUGAGGAUGAGGACGAGAAUGAUGAGGACGAGAAUGAUGAGGACGAGAAUGAUGAGGACGAGAAUGAUGAGGAGGAGGACGCAGCAGAAGAUGCUGACAUAGAAGACGUUGCUGAGCUAGAUGAGGAGCUGCCAGAUGACGCAGAGCUAGCAGAUGACACCGAGCUAGAAAACGAUGCCGAGGUAGACGACGAGGCUGAGCUGGCAGGCGAUACUGUGCUAGCAGAUGUGUCUGAGGUCGUAUACGAACUGGCUGUCGACGAAGCUAUGCUUGUUGAAGAACCUAUACCCGUAGACGAGGAAGUGUCUGUGCUGAUCGGUAAGACUGUACUGGUCGAUGAGCUUGUGGUGGAAGAUGACAACUCGGUAGACGUUGAAGAUGCGAGAGUCGUACUUGACGGGCUCUCUGUUGUUAGCAGAGACGUGGUUGUUUCCCCGGAAGACGUGGUUGUUCCCCCGGAAGACGUGGUUGUUUCCCCGGAAGACGAGGUCGAAGAGAAUCCUGCGGUAGACGACACGGUUGUGGAAGUUGCUGGGACAUCGCUGGUGCUAGAUACCGAGCUUUCGGAACUUGAAACGCUGGAAGCAGACGCUGUGGAUUGA